GACACCUGUCUGUCUGCUCACCUGUUUAUACACCAUCAGCUCCAAUAUUACGACAUGAUUUUAAAGGACAGAUAUCGGACCAUCAAACAUGACGCGUAUCCCCCGAGGAAAGGGCCGCUCUGACUGGGUUUAUCCGUGCUGAGCAUCAUGUGUUCCCGCACCUGUGAUCUCCUGUGAGUUCAUGGCCUCUGAUGGGUCUCCGGUCAGAGACGCUGGUGAGAAGCAGAAGAGGAGCCGGAGGAGCAGAUCGGAUGUGCUGGGAACAGAAGCUCGGGUGGAGAUCGAGAGACUGACCGCGGAUGGACAUGAAGCGCUGCAGAACCGAGACUAUCCCGCUGCGCUGAGACGCUUCAAGAGCGCGCUAAGAGCUGCCACUACGCUCAGAGAGAAGAGUCUUCAGAGGACGUGUGUGUUGAACCUGGGCGCUGCACUCGUGGAGGCGGGUGAUCCUCAGAAGGGGCUCGAGGUGCUGUCCCGAUCGGGAGAGCGAGGCGAGCGCAUCGCUGACCUGCAGUUUAACCGGGCCGCGGCUCACGAGGCGCUAGGAGAGCACACGCAGGCCACACACAGAUAUCAUCAGGCCGCGCAACUGUACCGCUCGCAGGGAGACGCCGGCGCCGAGGGAGAAACCUGCGUCAGACUCGCUCGCUGCCACAUGAAGAGGAAGGAGUGGGACGAGGCCGCGGAGAGUUUCCGGCGAGCCGCUGAGAGCUACAGAACAGCGGGGAACACGCCUGCGUCUGCACUGGCACUGAAGGAUGCUGGGAAACUCAUGCUGAAGAGCGGCCACAACGCCACCGAUGACAUCAUCAGCGUGCUGACGGACAGCCUGGAGAUGAGCGCCAACAUCCCCGACCAGGAGGCGCUGGGGAAGCUGCUGAACGACGUGGGCUUGAGUUUCUCUCAGAUGAGGCUGUUCUCUGAGGCGUUCGAGUGUUACGAGCAGGCUCUUCCUCUGGUCGCAUGUAAACCGCACAGACUGGCGGUGGUUCUGCAGAAUCUGGGCGCCGUCCACAACACUCUGGGUCAGUACCAGCAGGCUGUGCGGUUCCACCGAGAGGCAGCGGCGCUUCACGGUUCUCUGGGAAGCCGCGGGGCUCAGGGUCGGUGUUUCAGCAAUCUGGGGUUCGCUCUGGUGGAGCUGGACGAGCUGGAGGAGGCGUGGGAGAGUUACAUACACGCACAGCAGGCCUUCAGAGACACCGACGACGCGUCCGGUCAGUGGCAGGCCUGUGAGGGUCUCGGUGGGAUCAAGCUGCAGAUGAGAGACCCAGAGAAAGCCUCCGUCUACUAUAAAGACGCCCUACGACUGCUGUGCAAAUGCCAGGAUGUGUCUAGUUCAGUGCAGGAGCGUCUGGUCAGUAAACUGAGCAAAGCCUUACAGCAGAAGCUGCUCCUACAACAGAGAGGAGCGACGACACACCGAACCGUCCCGGAGCGACAUCAUAACCCACGGCUGCCACGGUCGACGGCUGUUGGGUCUGAUGUUCAGCAGGGGAGGAGAGAGAUGCAGAACGCAGAAAACACACCCAACGGGAAGAGCCACAGCGAACACAUAAUGUCAUCAGAGUCUCGUCCGCGUCAAGAACAAGAGCGAGCAGAUCAUCACAGUGCACUACCAGAGGCCAACAGGAAUCUGAAUAACACGUAUGAUAACGCAGAGGUGCAUCAGCAGAACUCCUCUUCAGACUCCUCCGGACACGGCGAGUCGGAAAACACCACACACACACACACACACUAUUCACUAAUGCUGAAGACAUGCAGUACCUGACUGUGCCUCUACCUGUACAGGUGAUGUGUGUGAGUCUCUGAAGCCGAAGCCAGUACGGGCGAACGGCGCACACCCAUUGGCCAGGAGCACUGUGACUCCGCCCCUCACUCAGCACGACAGCGAUCAGGCCACGCCCCUGACGAGGAGACUGAGGUCCAGAUUCUGCACAGUCAUGUGACACAAACACAUGUCUCCAUGGGAACGAGGUUUAUAUGUUCUUGUGGAACAUCCGACUGCAAUCCCAGAGGAUUAUUCCAGGGUUCGGGAUGACAGUGAGACUGAACACUGCACAGGAGGACUUGCACUGCAGUUCGUGGACAACACUUCUGAUAAAUGACGUGAACAUGAUCUAUUGAUCAGACGAGCACGAGAGGCUUCAGCAUCAUAAUCAUGUUUAUUUCAUGCUGUAUUUUUGCAUUUUUUGAUCAUCUCAUUGUAGUGUCUGACCAGUUUCGGCAGAUAUCAUGAGUAAAUCGCUCA